CCAGCGCAGGCGGUUGUCAGCACAUAAUGGCGCACCACUGCCAGAUGCCAACUCUUCUGUUGGGUGAAAGAAAGGUUGGUCAUGAGUUGGAUGGUUCGUCUUGGAAAAAGGUCUACUUCUAAACCGUGAGGAAGUGUUUGAGGAAAUAUUUUUUUUUCACUAUGCAGGGGAUGAUUCAUGUCAUUCAAUGGCAUGUGGUAUGAACUAGGUCUAGUUUCAGCAUUGUUCAUGCGGUUAGAAGAUACUGUGGCAGGUGUACUAUCAGAUAGUCAACACUACAUUUUACAUUUUAGUCAUUUAGCAGACGCUCUUAUCCAGAGUGACUUACAGGAGCAAUUAGGGUUAAGUGCCUUGCUUAAGGGCACAGACAGAUUUUUCACCUAGUCGGCUCGGGGAUUAGAACCGGCGACCUUUCGGUUACUGGCACAACGCUCUUACCCACUAAGCUACAUGCCACCCCGUAACACUACAAACACUAGCAACAUUUCCCUGUUCCCUUUAAACACUAGCAACCAAUUGGCAGUCUGUAAAUAUAACUGACAUUGUUCACAUUUCAACUCUUAUCUAUAGAAACUAUGUGGAUGUGCAUAUUAGCUAGCUAAUGACAUGAUAGGCAUGAAGAGGUCCAGCACUGCCACCGCACAAUGUGUUAACCUCUUAAGGAUCUGACCCUUUUUUUCCAAUUUUCGCCUAAAAUGACAUACCCAAAUCUAACUGCCUGUAGCUCAAGUCCUAAAGCAAGGACAUGCAUAUUCUUGAUACCAGUUGAAAGGAAACACUUUGAAGUUUGUGGAAAUGUGAAAUUAAUGUAGGAGAAUAUAACACAUCAUCUUUGAAAUGCAAGAGAAAGGCCACAAUAUAAUAUUGCAGUUUAGGCGCAAUUUAGAUUUUGGCCACUAGAUGGUAGCAGUGUGUGUGCAAAGUUUCAGAUUGAUCCAGUGAAGCAUCGCAAUUUUAUUUAUUUAUUUUAUUUAACUAGGCAAGUCAGUUUAGAACAAAUUCUUAUUUACAAUGACGGCCUACAACGGCCAAACCCGGACGACGCUGGGCCAAUUGUGCGCCGCCCUAUGGGACUCCCAAUCACGGCCGGUUGUGAUACAGCCUGGAAUCAAACCAGGGGGUCUGUAGUGACGCCUCAAGCACUGAGAUGCAGUGCCUUAGAUCGCUGCGCCAUUCAGGAGACCAAUACUGGACUAUUUUGUAUCAGGUCUGCCCAAAUGUGCCGAAUUGGUCAAUUGAUACAUUUUCAAGUACAUAACUAUAGAGAACAUACAAAAAUGAUAUGGUAAUACAAAAUGUAAGUUUACAAACUCCCAGAAUGUCAUACAUGAUGGAUCAUUAGCUUAUACACUAACUUUCACACAUCUAGAUGGCCGGGCGGGGUGGGUGUGGAGCCAGAGACAGCAGGGGUUCAAACUGUAGAACCCAGUUCCUACAUUUGAAUAUAAAAAUUGAUUUUACCAAACAAAACUAUGCCACAUUUUAUAUUUGGGACCCUCAGGAUGACAAAUCAGAGCAAGAUUACUGAAUGUAAGUACAUUACCUUCAGAGGUGAAUGUAUCAAACCAGUUGCCGUGAUACAUUUACAUUUUACAUUUUAGUCAUUUAGCAGACGCUCUUAUCCAGAGCGACUUACAGUUAGUGAGUGCAUACAUUUUCAUACUGGCCCCCCGUGGGAAACGAACCCACAACCCUGGCAUUGCAAGCGCCAUGCUCUACCAACUGAGCUACGGGGACUGUUGUUGCGCUGUUGUGCACUCUCCUCAAACAAUAGCAUGGUAUUUUGUCACUGUAAUAGCUACUGUAAAUUGGACGGAUAAACCAUGUGAUUCUAUGUUUAGUGGAGAUCUUCGGUGUAUAAAGUGACGCGGGAGGGCAAAAAAGCAUCUAACGACACAUGAGCAGUGAUACUGGCCUUCUAUUAGAAGGCGCUGCAGGAACGCCUCUCUGCAAACUAUGAUGCUGAGACAAAAUAAAUAACUGUCUAAAUUACAGACCUGCUCAUCCAAUGCAUUCAGGGCAAUGCUCAAAUUGUUGGAAAAUUAUUGGCACUGUCUAUUUGUAUUUAUUUGUAUUUUUUUGGGGGGUAGAUCAGCUUUAAUCUUAUGUUUCACCGAGUCGUGACUGAACGCCGACAUGGAUAACAUCCAGCUGGCAGGAUAUACGCUACAUCGGCAGGAUAGAACGGCUGACUCCGAUAAGACAAGGGGUGGCGGUCUGUGUAUAUUUGUAAACAACAGCUGGUGCAUAAAAUCUAAUACUAAGGAAGUCUCGAGGUUUUGCUCGCCUGAGGUAGAGUAUCUGUGCACCACACUAUUUACCAAGAGAGUUCUCAUCUAUAUUUUUCGUAGCUGUCUAUUUACCACCACAAACCGAUGCUGGCAAUAAGAUUGCACUCAAUGAGCUGUUUAAGGCCAUAAGUAAACAGGAAAACGUUCAUCCAGAGGCAGUGCUCCUAGUGGCCGGGGACUUUAAUAUAGGGAAACUUAAAUCCGUUCUACCUAAUUUCUACCAGCAUGUUAAAUGUGCAACCAGAGGGUGAAAAAAAUUAAAAAUAAACUCUAGACCACCUUUACUCCACACACAGAGACGCAUACAAAGCUCUCCCUCGCCCUCCAUUUGGCAAAUCUGACCAUAACUCUAUCCUCCUGAUUCCUGCUUAUAAGCAAAAACUAAAGCAGGAAGCACCAGUGACUUGGUUAAUAAGGAGGUGGUCAGAAGACGCAGAUGCUAAGCUACAGGACUGUUUUGCUUGCACAGAUUGGAAUAUGUUCUGGGAUUCUUCUGAUAGCAUUGAGGAGUACGCCACAUCAGUCACUGGCUUCAUCAAUAAGUGCAUCGAUGACGUCGUCCCCACAGUGACCGUACGUACAUACCCCAACCAGAAGCCAUGGAAUACAGGCAACAUCCGCACUGAGCUAAAGGGUAGAGCUGCCGCUUUCAAGGAGCGGGAUUCUAACCCGGACGCUUAUAAGAAUUCCCGCUAUGCCCUCCGACGAACCAUCAAUCAGGCAAAGAGUCAAUACAGGACUAAGAUUGAAUCGUACUACACCGGCUCCGACGAUGUGGCAGGGCUUGAAUGCUAUAACAGACUACAAAGGGAAGCACAGCUGCGAGCUGUCCAGUGACACAAGCCUACCAGACGAGCUAAACCACUUCUAUGCUCGCUUCGAGGCAAGCAACACUGAAGCAUGCAUGAGAGCAUCAGUUGUUCCGGAUGACUAUGUGAUCACGCUCUCCGUAGCCGAUGUGAGUAAGACUUUUAAGCAGGUCAACAUUCACAAGGCCGCAGGGCCAGACGGAUUACCAGGACGUGUACUCCGAGCAUGCGCUGACCAACUGGCAAGUGUCUUCACUGACAUUUCCAACAUGUCCCUGACUGAGUCUGUAAUACCAACAUGUUUCAAGCAGACCACCAUAGUCCCUGUGCCCAAGAACUCUAAGAUAACCUGCCUAAAUGACUACCGACCCGUAGCACUCACGUCUGUAGCCAUGAAGUUCUUUGAAAGGCUGGUCAUGGCUCACAUCAACACCAUUAUCCCAGAAACCCUAGACCCACUCCAAUUUGCAUACCGCCCCAACAGAUCCACAGAUGAUGCAAUCUCUAUUGCACUCCACACUGCCCUUUCCCUGGACAAGAGGAACACCUACGUGAGAAUGCUAUUCAUUGACUACAGCUCAGCGUUCAACACCAUAGUGCCCUCAAAGCUCAUCACUAAGCUAAGGAUCCUGGGACUAAACACCUCCCUCUGCAACUGUAUCCUGGACUUCCUGACGGGCCGCCCCCAGGUGGUAAGGGUAGGUAACAACACAUCUGCCAUGCUGUUCCUCAACACGGGGGCCCCUCAGGGGUGCGUGCUCAGUCCCCUCCUGUACUCCCUGUUCACCCAUGACUGCAUGGCCAGGCACGACUCCAACACCAUCAUAAUGUUUGCUGACGACACAACAGUGUUAGGCCUGAUCACCGACAACGAUGAGACAGCCUAUAGGGAGGAGGUCAGAGACCUGGCCGUGUGGUGCCAGGAUAACAACCUCUCCCUCAACGUGACCAAGACAAAGGAGAUGAUUGUGGACUACAGGAAAAAGAGGACUGAGCACGCCACCAUUCUCAUCAACAGGGCUGUAGUGGAACAGGUUGAGAGCUUCAAGUUCCUUGGUGUCCACAUCACCAACGAACUAUCAUGGUCCAAACACACCAAGACAGUUGUGAAGAGGGCACGACAAAGCCUAUUCCCCCUCAGAAGACUGAAAAGAUUUGGCAUGGGUCCUCAGAUCCUCAAAACGUUCUACAGCUGCACCAUCGAGAGCAUCCUGACUGGUUGCAUCACCGCCUGGUAUGGCAACUGCUCGGCCUCUGACCACAAGGCACUACAGAGGGUAGUGCGUACGGCCCAGUACAUCACUGGGGCCAAGCUUCCUGCCAUCCAGGACCUCUAUACCAGGCGGUGUCAGAGGAAGGCCCUCAAAAUUGUUAAAGACUCCAGCCACCCUAGUCAUGGACUGUUCUCUCUGCUACCGCAUGGCAAGCGGUACCGGAGUGCCAAGUCUAGGUCCAAAAGGCUUCUCAACAGCUUCUACCCCCAAGCCAUAAGACUCCUGAACAGCUAAUCAUGGCUACCCGGACUACUUGCACUGCCCCCCUACCCCCACCCCAUCUUUUUACGCUGCUGCUACUCUGUUAAUUAUUUAUGCAUAGUCACUUUAACUCUACCCACAUGUACAUAUUACCUCAACUAGCCGGUGCCCCUGCACAUUGACUCUGCACCGGUACCCCCCUGUAUAUAGCCUCCCUACUGUUAUUUUAUUUUACUUCUGCUCUUUUUUUCUCAACACUUUUUUGUUGUUGUUUUAUUUUACGUUUUUAUUAAAAAAAUAAAUGCAUUGUUGGUUAAGGGCUGUAAGUAAGCAUUUCACGGUAAUGUCUACACCUGUUGUAUUCGGCGCAUGUGGCAAAUAAAAUUUGAUUUGAGAUGCACUCACACCUGUCUGCUGCCAUUCUUGAGCAAGCUCUGCACUGGUGGUGCCCCGAUCCCGCAGCUGAAUCAACUUUAGGAGACGGUCCUGGCGCUUGCUGGACUUUCUUGGGAGCCCUGACGCCUUCUUCACAACAAUUGAACCUCUCUCCUUGAAGUUCUUUAUGAUCCGAUAAAUGGUUGAUUUAGGUGCAAUCUUACUAGCAGCAAUAUCCUUGUGUGAAGCCCUUUUUGUGCAAAGCAAUGAUGACAGCACGUGUUUCCUUGCAGAUAAUGGUUAACAGAGGAAGAACAAUGAUUUCAAGCACCACCCUCCUUUUAAAGCUUCCAGUCUGUUAUUCUAACUAAAUCAGCAUGACAGAGUGAUCUCCAGCCUUGUCCUCGUCAACACUCUCACCUGUGUUAAUGAGAGAAUCACUGACAUGAUGGCAGCUGGUCCUUUUGUGGCAGGGCUGAAAUGCAGUGGAAAUGUUUUUGGGGGAUUAAGUUUAUUUUCAUGGCAAAGAGGGACUUUGCAAUUAAUUGCAAUUCAUCUGAUCACUCUUCAUGACAUUCUGGAGGAUAUGCAAAUUGCCAUCAUCAAAACUGAGGUAGCAGACUGUGAAAAUUAGUAUGUGUCAUUCUCAAAACUUUUGACCACGACUGUAGAAUUGUUGAAUGAGUUUUCUGUAAACAAUAGAUAUUAUAUUCCUUCUCUUUGAGCCAUGUAAAUAUUGUUAUUAUUUUGUUAUUAUCUGCUAAGCCAUUACAAUUAUAACUGGCUAUACUAAUUUCACCACUUACCAUAAUGCGAUACAAGUUUCAAAUCUCUUUCUCACAAUAUAUGUUUGUAAAUUUACCAAUAAAAAGUACCAUAGUGAUUGAGUGUCCAUAUAGCUCUACCAUGAUAUUUGCAUUGCUACUAAGUAACCCUCCAAUUGUUCUCCACUAUUCCCCCCGCUAAAGCCCCUCCCCAUCCCAAGUUGGGUUGUCAUCCCAGUGAUCGGCAUACCACCCCUGUCCCCCCAGGCACCCCAGGAGGCCAGGACCCGUCCUUCGAAAACAGCACACAGUGCCACCCACAAAACAGAAGCAGGUCAACAGCCAAAAGCAUUUCCAAUGCUCUCACCUCAAUUAGCUUUUUUAAAUAUACACUACCGUUCAAAAGUUUGGGGUCACUUAGAAAUGUCCUUGUUUUCAAAAGAAAUGCAUUUUUUGUGUCCAUUAAAAUAACAUCAAAUUGUUCAGAAAUACAGUGUAGACAUUGUUAAUGUUGUAAAUGGCUAUUGUAGCUUGAAACAGCUGAUUUUUAAUGGAAUAUCUACAUAGGCGUACAGAGCCCCAUUAUCAGCAACCAUCAGUCCUGUGUUCCAAUGGCUAAUCCAAGUUGAUCAUUUUAAAAGGCAAAUUGAUCAUUAGAAAACCCUUUUGCAAUUAUGUUAGCACAGCUGAAAACUCGUCAGUCUAUUCUUGUUCUGAGAAAUGAAGGCUAUUCCAUGAAAGAAAUUGCCAAGAAACUGAAGAUCUCGUACAGCGCUGUGUACUACUCCCUUCACAGAACAGCGCAAACUGGCUCUAACCAGAAUAGAAAGAGGAGUGGGAGGCCUCGGUGCACAACUGAGCAAGAGGACAAAUACAUUAGAGUGUCUAGUUUGAGAAACAGGCGCCUCACAGGUCCUCAACUGGCAGCUUCAUUAAAUAGUACCCGCAAAACACCAGUCUCAACGUCAACAGUGAAGAGACGACUCCGGGAUGCUGACCUUCUAGGCAGAGUUGCAAAGAAAAAGCCAUAUCUCAGACUGCCCAUCUUAAUCUUUUAUUUUUAUUGGCCAGUCUGAGAUAUGGCUUUUUCUUUGCAACUCUGCCUAGAAGGUCAGCAAAAAUAAAUUAGAUGUAUACUUUGUUUUAAAAUGUAUAUCCCUCAUCUGCACAAAAUUGAAAGCUCUCUCUCACAACCUCUGCUCACACAAAUAGGUUCUGGGAUAUGCAACCAUUUCCUUUCUCACUCACUUAACAUCACACUUUUCCAAACACAAAAACGCACACCACACCUUCCAUCACAAUACAUCCACACAUACUGUGCCUUCUAUGUCUUCUGUUUGCUAUGUUUUUAUCUCCGCUAUGUUGAUUGAAUACUUGCGUUCUAAUUAGUUAUAUUUGAAGAUGUAUUAUUUCGCUUGUUAUCCUUUCUUGUAAUGCCGUCUUAUCUCUUAAUAAAAUACUAUAAAUGUUUUAUUAUUACAAUCCCUACCAUGGCUAGUAUUGGGUGUUCCAUUUUUCGACUCCUCUAUUAGAACUUUCAGAAUAGCCAUGGAGUGGUCUUUCUGUCGCGGAACAUUUGGUUAUCGACUACGAGAGCAACACGCUUCCGCUUUAAUCUAUUUUCCUUGAAGAUUGGGUACAGAACUUUGCACCGUUCUGCAAUCUCCCUCGGGAACUGAUCAUUCAGGCCUAUUUUCUCUUGGAGAUUGAUUCUCCUCGUUUAUCCUCCGUCAUGUUUGAGUGUUGCUUGUUGUUGUAAUAUUUGUCGAUACAUUUCUCUAGCCUUAUGAUUUGUUUUGUGUUAUCAUCCAGAUUGAAUGUUAUUACCCACGAGUAUAUAAAGUGCUCUUAUUUAGUCUAACUUAUUGAUAUUGAAUAUUACGUUUUUAUCUUGAGGUGAUUCGCACCGCUGUGUGUUCAAUACGCCAUCUUGUCAUGUGACCUACCAAAACUGUGUUACAUGGCGCCACCUAUGGUUAGCGCAGGCCAAACUCCAUUAUACACCAUUAGAGAACAACCUGCAAAAGAUAGUGACGUUAAAAAUAUCUCCAGUUUCCGUGUGGUUUUUCAGUUGUGUUAGUUACAACAGCCCAUAGGCCUACAAUCUUAUUUCCCCCCUAAUCGAUAUACGUUUUUGGUGUGUGUGCAGUUUAUAAGGUGCUCAAUUAAAAAAAAGAUACAAGUAAUACUAUUGUUGCACAUGUAUGAGUAGAUAAACAUAACAUUUACUGUUGUUCUCAUUAUAAUCACGAACUGUUUCUGCAUAUUGGUUAUGUGGGAAAUUAUUAUCUUAUAUUUUAGAUGUGCUGUUAGCUUAAUAAGAAAGCAUUAAUGAUCAAACAUAAUAGGUUUGUACUGUACUGAUAUAGAUUGUUUAAUAUAACAAGCUGUGAUUAAUGUGGGGAACCAUUAGGGGGUAGGCUGAGAUAGGCUUGUGACUCACUCACACAAACACUGCCUCUUUGUUAAACCGCUCAACGACAAAGUACUGCAACAUGAAGAAGAAAACUAUGUCUGAGGUUGCUGACUUUGUAAAGAUAACAACUAAUGCCUGGCAACAGUGAAGCGCCAAGGGGCUGGGACCAGCCUGAGCUCCAACGAUAGGCUGGGUAAGUUUAAACCAAGCCCAGCCUCUACUCUGAUAGGCCUGCCUGAAGCAGGAACUACCUCUGUCAGAGUAUUUAAAGAAGAACUUAUAACAAUGGCUCAGUUCUCUGACUGCCCUGCGUGGUGUUUCAGUGGACCCGUAUAUACGAACAUCAUAUUUACCAUUGAAGUGUUUUGCAUUAAUUAAAAUACUAGUAAAUCUUAGAAGACGUGUGUUCACCUCUUUUUGUUCCUAUACCAGAUUUGAAUUGACGCAACUUAACAGUUAGGACACGUUAACUGUGUUUUGACAUUGGGAUAUUUAUCAAUAUGUCUUGUUAACAGGAAGCAGCGACAGAAUAAUUUUGUUUCCUUCUGUUUUAGUAAUAUAAAAUUGAACUUUCAACAUUAAUUUCCAAUGGUAUUGUACUUAAUCAGGUAAAAACUGCUGAAUGAGUCCAAAAACGUCCUGCGAUUGGUUUAUUUUGAUGAUAUACCAGAAAUCACCAAAAAGGGUUUGCCCUACCUACUAAUGGCACGUAUAAUUAAUCAAACAUAAUUUCCAAACAUGAGUCUGUUGUAGACCCAUGCAGUUCCUCAGAGGUCAGUUCCUCUCUGCUUACACCAUGUCAAAAUAAAACUCCCCCACAAGUUCUUGCUUUUCUGUGCAGGUAUGGCGCACAUGCAGGACUUUUAUUUUGACAGUGAGCGGGAGAGGAAGUGAGUCUACAACAGACCCACGUUUGAUUUAUGUUUUAUUUAGAUGUUUUUUUCUCUCGAUUCCCCACCCCUGCAUAAGAACCAACCCUUCGGAUAAUCGGCAGAGUAAGUUGAAAUUGAAUUUUAUUUCACUUCUGUCUUCCGGCAGACUAUUCCGUUAUUUUGUAAGCUAUUUCCUAGCUAAACUAGUGUGUAAAUAUAGUGUUGCUAAAAGCAGGUAGCUUCUAGUAUUCAGAAAACCAGAAAGUGUUAGAAAGCCAAGCACAGACGUAUGAAUAUGCAAAACUUUGAGAGUUAGUAUUCAUUUGGCAAUGAAGUGUUAGGAAAUAAUGUAACAUGAAUGAAUUUCGUACUCACCUGUCGGUGUCAUCUUUCAGAAAACCGAGUUGCAACGUUUUCAGAGCGCUUUGCAGCCUGUGUUUGCCGAUACAGCGACUGCGUAGUGAGCAUGCUUCAGCUACGCAGUUAUGACGUCUAACACUUGCGACGAAAAUCAACACCUUUUUUGCUAGCAUCACCAGACCAUCAGCAUAGAUGCCUUUCUAAUAUCACUCUGGCACCACCAGCUACUGCAAGGAACACCUGAAGCAAAGGCAACUGGUAAGGAUAAUUUUUGCUAGCUAACAUUUGUGUUAUCGUCUGUUGUGUUGUGUGUCAUAAUGUUUCGUUAUUUAAACCACAUGUCAAUGUCAACGAAAUGUUAUUGGCGUCAUGUCAGAAAAGCUAUCUAAUACUAAGUUGGCUAGAUAACUAGCUAACGUUAUUUAGCUACAAACUAGAUAGAUAGCCCUAGCUAAGAUAUCCACGUAGCUAAGCUUAAUCAGUUCCCAUGCACGUAAGCAAAACUAUACAGCUAGCUUGUUAAUUUGGCAAUAGUAUUCACGGAGUGCUUUCACAUUAGCUCUGUUAGCCUUAUUAGCUAGCAGCAGCCGACCAUAAGUAACUUGCUAGAACAUUCUAGCUAGCUAGCGACGUCUUGCCAAGUUAUCAAAUGUACAAGCUAACGUUACCUAGUUAUUAGCCUAGGAUUAAGAAGUUAAGCUAUCUAAACAGAUGACAUGGUAACGUGAAGGUUUAUUUGUUAUAAUACCGAUAUGUCUCCGCUAAGUUAACGUUACUGUUGUAACUACCUACAAUAUAUUCCAACCAGUUUACAAUGGAGAUGUACUUAUAACAUAAUCUUAUCUCUUUCUUCUUCAGGGUCCCUCACAAUACACAUUCUACUGAGAGGUUUGGACCUCAAUCCAAAAUGACUGACACAAAGCGUCUUGCCUUCUCCAUCAUUCAGUUUCUUCAUGAUCAACUGGGCUCUGGGAGUCUAUCGUCAGAUGCUCAGGAAAGUUUAGAAGGUAAGUUUGAGUUGGGAAGCCAAGAUUCAGUACAAGGAGAUGAGCUCUCAGCCUAUGUUGGAAGAUGGUCAGGGACUCAACUGUGUCCAGUCAUUUCCAUUUCUCAAUAUCUGAUGCUUUCUUAGUUGCAGUCCAAUGCCUGGAGACAGCCUUCGAUGUCUCGACCGACGACCAGACCCUAGCUGUCACUCAAACGUUACCAGAGAUUUUUGCCUCUGCGACACUGAAGGUAAACUGAAAAGACAUCCACUUUAUAUGAAGGUGAAUAUGUGGUCAAUAGGUUUUUGUCUCAAAUGUGUUGACUGUCUGUUGCAGCAUCCAAACACCCCCCACGUGAAAAUAAACACAGCCACAGAUUCCCCCACUGAGGAGGAAGUAGCAGAGGCUGAGCGACUCAAAACUGACGGUAGGACCUUCCCUGUAAAUAGUUUGUACAUUACUCAGUCUUUAUUAUAAGCUCUCUUCAAAUGUGUCAAUGGUUAAGAGCUGUUGAUAGGCCUAUACUUUCGUCUGGCUAAUAAUUUUUUUUUUUUCAUGGCAGGCAAUGAUCAAAUGAAGGUUGAGAACUAUGGGGCAGCUGUGGAAUUCUACUCAAAGGCUAUUGCCAUAAACCCCCGGAAUGCAGUUUACUACUGCAACAGGUAUUGACCAACAAACUCCUGAACUUGUAGGAUAAUAUGACAAUUAGAUACACAUUGUGUAUAUUUUGUCGAUUUCCAGGCUCUGUCGUAGCCGGCCGCGACUGGGAGGCCCAUGGGGUGGCGCACAAUUGGCCCAGGGUAGGGGAGGGAAUGGCCGGCAGGGAUGUAGCUCAGUUGGUUGAGCAUGGCGUUUGCAAUGGCAGGGCUGUGGGUUCGAUUCCCACGGGGGGCCAGUAUGAAAAAAAUUAUGUAUGCACUCAGUAACUGUAAGUCGCUCUGGAUAAGAGCGUCUGCUAAAAUGACAAAAAUGUAAAUGUAUGCAGUUUUCGUCAAGCAAUGAAAAUGAAUUCACAUUUUUGUUUUUAUGUAAGGUACUGCUAAUUGUACGGUUUGCUUUUGUUAGGGCUGCUGCAUACAGCAAACUAGGCAACUACGCUGGAGCAGUGCAGGACUGUGAACUUGCCAUUGGGAUUGACCCAAACUACAGCAAAGCAUAUGGAAGAAUGGGGUAUGUUAGACAUUAGUGUUCAAUAUUACUGUGGACAUGGGCCAGUGUGUUGCUGAUUUGUUAUUGACUGAUGGUUGACUUACAUUGACUUCAACGUCCCAUGCUUCCAGUUUGGCUCUAGCCAGUUUAAACAAACACACAGAAGCUGUAAGUUAUUACAAGAAAGCCCUGGAGUUGGACCCAGAGAACGACACCUACAAAUCCAACCUGAAAAUAGCAGAGCAGAAAAUGGAGACUCCAAGCCCAGUAAGUUGAUAACAUCUCAACCACUAUGGAGAAUACAUAUCAGCUGUACACAUGUGUAAUGUAUCAUUGUUGAUCAUGUUGUUCUUUCUUAUCUCCUUCAGACAGGGGGAGUGGGAGGAGUUGAUCUGGCUGGUUUGCUCAGUAACCCUGGUUUCAUGAACAUGGUGAGUUCCAUUUAUUAAAACUGGCCCUUUCAAAUGGAAAAUACUAGGAACAACAAGGCAGAUACAGGAUAAUACUAUAAUGCUGUGUUCAUAACAAAUGGGAAACUCAGCAAAUACUACUUGUAAACUGGGAGCAACAAGUUGUGUGCAUUCAAGUGCUUUGAACUUGUAGAGAUUGGCAAAUGGCAAACAAGCUGUGUCAACCAUAAACGAAAAGUACAGCUAUCACACAAGUAAACAAAUUAGUGUUCAAAACCCAUAUAAAUAGAUUGUUUUUUAAAUAUCAUUUGUUGUUGGAAUUAACUGCUGAAAUGCUGUUAUCAAGUUAAUUUCCUUAAUUGGUGGUGUCAGAGUUCAGCAUGUGGGAGAAGUCGGAGCUUAGGGAUGAUAGACGAGUUUCCCACUAGUAAUUACAAGUUGUAGGGGGGUUGAAGUGGAUUUUUACCAGUUGUAUGCUCGUAUUUAUGAGAUGUCAUGAACGCAGCAUAAUGCUGCAUUCAUCACACAAGUGGGAAACAUGCUGCUUUCAAGACAACUUGGAACUGUGAAAAAACAAGCUCCAAGGGAGGAAAAAAAUAGAUUUGAACGGUCAUCCAACUCGGAAUUACAAGUAGGAAACUCGGGCAUCAUCAUAGAGCUCCGACUUCUCCGUCAUGAAAAUCACUGACGUCACAGCAACAAAAAACAUGGCGACCUUCGUUUAUGGUAAAAAAAAAUAUGUAUUGUCACCUUAUGCAUUUCCUCUCUUCUUCAAACAAUUUAGCAGGAAGUUUAUAGCAUCUCUGCAGGUGUUUUUGUGCUCUGCACGAAGCCAAACAAACAAAAGUUUCCCACAGGCGUCCAUGUUUUAGUAAUUAUGAGUUGGAGGGGCAUUCAAGUGGAUUUUUCCCAGUCGUAUGCUCAUAUUUACGAGACGUCAUGAACACAGCAUAUGUAGAAAAGGUUUGCCAAAGAGUAGAACUCAUAUUGACAUUAAUUGUUACGGCUGCUUUAUCCUAGGCAUCUGGUUUGAUGAACAACCCACAAGUACAGCAACUGUAAGUUAUCCAUUAAUUUUCUAUCAAAUACAUUCUCUUUUUAGAUGUAGCGCAAGGACUUCGUAAAUGCACUCUGAGAUUCCAUAAUUACUUGUGAAAUGUAGGUAGCUUUUAGAGUUAAUGCAUGUAGAAUAUACCACCUUUCUUGUCUGUGUUGUACAGGAUGUCGGGGAUGAUGUCAGGGGCUUACGGGCCAAUGGGACCUCCAGCAGCGCCUGGAGUAGGGCCUGGCUUAGGUGCAGGACCAGGGCCUGUACCAGGGUUAGGGUUGGGAGCCGGACCGGCAGCAGGAGUUGGAGUAGGGGGAGCGGGUCCAGGUGACAUCUCUGGUCUCAUCCAAGCGUAAGUCUACCACUAGCUCUACUCAGUCUGUGCCAAAUAUUACUUGUGUAUUAUAUUAUUUGUUAUUACAUUAGGCUAUAUUAUUGUAUGCUAUACCAAUGACAUCAGUUAUAAAGACAUGAAAACGUUUGACAUGUAUGAGUGUUAAUAAAAUGCACUGAUUAAUGUAUUACUUUUUUUGUGACUUGUACUUGGUAACUGCCAUUCCAUCACCUCGCUGUAACCAUGUUUUUAUUUAGGGGCCAACAAUUUGCGCAGCAGAUGCAACAGCAGAACCCAGAGCUAAUUGAACAGCUGAGGAGUCAAAUUCGCAGCCGGCCGCCUAGCGCUAGCAACGAUGAGCAACCUUGACCCGCAGACGGGUAAGAUUAACAUUUUAAAAUGACAUUUGAUUAUGGGUUGGUCCAUGUAUCGUAGAGUUGUUUUUCUGUUGUACAAAUUGCACAUGUAGCUAAUCCUAAAACAAUCUGCUCUUUGUUUUCUGACAGAGGAAGAUUUGUGUGUGGAAAAGUGAAGACCGCCAUUGUCCUUUUUUAUCAGUUGUAUUAUUCUCACAACUCUGGGGACAAAAAGCUUUUCAUCACUGAGUAAUUAUUGCAUGUGCACCCCCCCUUCCAAGGAAACCGAUCAGUAAAACUUUGCAGAAAUUAUCGAAUUUGAUAAAACCGUUGUCAACAGAUAUCUAGUCUGAGGUGUCUGGUUUGAGUGGAACGUCACCUCGGUUGUACUCCAAUCUGCAAUGUCACACCAAUGUAGCACUUGGUUUAACUGUUUAAUGUUACUAAUCCUUGCUAGUGAACUGUUGUCAAAACUGAAUCACUACCCCUCCAGUGGACUAAAUGCAGUUGCAUCACUUGAGUUUUGUCAUUUCAGUUACACAACAACAAAUUAUUAUGUGAUGAUACAGUUCAGCAGCCACCUCAAUUUGAGAAGCAUCUAUUUGUACAGAGAUAUACUGGUAGGCAGGGAUGGCAUGUAGAGUACUGUCAACAUUAUGGGAAUUAAAUGGAACAUUUCAAAUAGGACCUUAUGGUUGUUGUCUAUUGUAAUCCAGGAGUUGUUUCAGCAUUUUUCUUGAGUUGCAGGAUAACAUCUCCAGUCCACUUUGUUCUUAUUUUGUCAUGAGAAAUGUCAGUGUCAAAUUAGUUUUUUUCUAACAUGGGUGGCUGUCUGUUUUUGUUCCCAAUCUUUGAUUAAAUCAUACUGGUAACUUAGCCUAACAUGUUUGCUUGAUUGUAAACCUAUUGUUUGUUUAUUUCAACUCAGGAAGUGAGUUGAAAUUCAAUUCAUGAAUAUAUUUUCUAAAUGGAAUUUUCAAUUCAUCAAUUGAAUUUCAAUU